AUGGCUGGCGCCGAGUGAUGAGUUGUCGUCUAUCGGAUGCAAGUGAUUGAGCGAGUUCGUCUUAGUCGUAACGGCCAACAUCAGAAAGGAGUGCCUUUGCAGCAGAUGGUCUGGACUCCGUCCAUGUGAACAUGACUUUUGGCGAAGAAAGAAGAUGCAGGAAAGGAUGGCGUGGCCAAUUAUGGUGAUGGUGGUGGUGGUGGUGGUGUUGAAGUGCUCGGUUGCCAGAGAGAUCGAAAGAGCUGCGGCUUGGACGAAAAUGGUGGUUUCGGCGUGCGCGCGCUCAGAAGUUGACGAAUUCAAAGAGCCGGCUGCAGUCGGAGCAGUCCUUGUAGUCAAUGACGGGAAUCACGCGGUCAUAUUGGCGGCUGUAGACGCAUUCGCCAUAUAUGUGCCGAGUGUAAACGGCGCACGAGUAAGCCUGGCGGCGGAGCUUGCUCUUGUGCCCGCAGGCAUAUGUGGUUUGCUCCCAGGUGCACAUGUUGGAUGCUUGGUGGUGAUGGCUUGCUUCAGUUCGAUCCUGUGGAGACUGCGAGCGGGCGGUGACGAAGCUGUUGAUGGCCGUGAAUGAAGAAUGUGUGGCCGCGGGGCUCGGGCAGGUUUUAUGGUGUUGGAUACGGGAGAUCUUCUGUUGGCCGUGAAGGAUCGUGGGAGGUGUGGUGUUGUUGCAGGGAGGCGACACGCGAUGGA